CAGGCCGCGGGCUGCGGAUUUAUUGGGCUCCCGCCCAGGUCAGCAAAACUCCACCCCCGGACCUGCCCGCACUCUUUCCUCCCUGGACCGGGUCGGUCACAGCCUAGCGGGAGCGCAUCACCAACCCCACCCUCGGGCUAAGCCGCAUGGAAGACAUGGGGGCCAAGUCCUUAGUGCAUACGCCCUGGAAGAGGGGCGUAUGGGCCCGUUUCCCGUCUGAAGUAGGGACAGAGGAGCCCCUGCCCCAGAGGAGUAAACUGAACCCGCAGGACACAAACCUGGCGCAGACUAAGAGCCUUUCCCGUCAAUCCCUAAUUUAUUCGUUGGCUCCUUGUCAAACACGCACAGAGCAUCUGCCUGUGUCGGGCGCACAGUACAACGAAGGUCGCGCGGAGGGGCUGUCGGUGGCCACGAACCCGAGGCUCCGGCACCGCAACUGUCACACGGCCAUCUGUGGCUCGCUGGCUUGCCCCCUCCGCCUACGCCGGGACGAUGUGGAGGACACCAGUUCCUCUUCCUCCCGCCUCCAUUAUUUUUCCAGGCCCAGGCGAGACAUCUUCCUGGAAAACCUGCUGGGAAAGGGGAAAUCCAGGCAGGGAUCUCUUUUCCGGAAAAGUCAUGUGAACAAAUUAAAACAUAUGCAAACCUGUCCUGUCUCCCCAGGGAGGUUCUUGGAGGGGGUACCGUUUGGUGUCAGCAUGAGUCUUCCCCUACCCUACCCUGGAGGCCUGUUCAUGGAGCACCUACUGUGCACAAGGCCCUGCACCAAGCGCUGGGGACCCAGGUGGGCCCAUCGGGCACACAGGAUCGGGACACUGACCCAGCCAGCAGAUGAAUACCCAUCUCGGAAGCGAUUGGAUGACAAGAAUGAUGGCCUGGGGGCAACCAUAGGUGGAGCCUGUGGGUGGGGCACUUUCUGGGUGGUGAGUGGAGACUUACUAGCAGAGAAUGAGCCAGGCUGGGGGAAGGGCCAGGGGUGGAAAGGAGCUGGGCAGGGAGGGCCACCAGGGGAUCUUGAGCUUGGUGGGGGAUGUGGAUUUUAUUCCAAGGGCACUGGGAAGCCACUGGAGAGUUUGGAGCAAAUGAGGGAUCUAAUCAGUGGGGCCUAGCGGGGCAGAUCUAAUCACAGACCUAAUGA